ACACCCAUCAUCCAAAAAUAUAAAAACAAAAAAUUCUUCACCGCUAAGCUAUCCCUCUCUCUGCCCCUUUCAAAUCUUAACAACCAUCUUUUUUAUAACUCUCUCUAUAUAUACAUCUUCUUCACAUAUACAUAUACAAAUACAUAUUUACAUACACACAGUUUCACUCAAGAUUCCAAAAGAAAUUAAAGAUGGGUAACGGGUUAUUAAAUUUAGAACAACAACAUGACCACCAUCAUGAUAAUAAUGAUGAUAAUAAUAAUUUCUUUGAGGCAUUGCCUGAAGGAUUUGUAGCAAACGCGUUGGCACUUUUUACACCGAAAGAUGUUUGUCGGUUGUCGUUGGUGAGUUCGGUUUUUAGAUCCGCUGCUCAGUGGGAUGUUCUUUGGGAGAAGUUUCUUCCAGAAGAUUAUCAUAAGAUUGUGUCGGAUUCGGCGGUUCGGUUCGGUUCCAAAAAAGAGUUAUAUCUAUGGUUAUGUGAUCAUCCUGUUAUUAUUGAUGGUGGUAAUAAGAGCUUCUCGUUGGAUAAAUUGAGUGGGAAAAAAUGUUACAUGUUGGCUGCGCGAGACCUCUCAAUCGUUUGGGGUGACACCCCUAGGUACUGGAGAUGGAUUUCAAUUCCUGAAUCAAGGUUUGCUGAGGUCGCUGAACUUAAGAGUGUUUGUUGGCUUGAAGUUCAUGGUACCAUUAAUACUUCCAUGUUGUCCAUUGACACUCGUUAUGCAGCUUACUUUGUUUACAAAUCGACACCCAACACUUAUGGCUUUGAACACUAUCCUGCUGAAGUUUAUAUUGGGUUAGGUGGUGUUGAGAGUCAAACCGAGGGCCAAACCAAGACAGUUUAUCUUGACCCUGCAGUCCGCCUGAGGCAAAGAGAUGACCAUGAGCAACAACCAGGAAGACGUAUGGGGAUGUUUGGUCGUUUUAGACGUGUGAGAAAUCAAUCUGAUCCUCCUUUAAAUGGCCCCAAACUCAGGCAAGAUGGGUGGCUCGAGAUUGAAUUGGGCGAGUUUUUCAAUCGGAAGGGGGAGGUAGGGGAGCUCGAGAUGACCAUGAUGGAGGUGAAAGGAGGAAAUUGGAAAGGUGGUCUAAUCGUUCAAGGGAUUGAGAUUAGGCCAAAGGCAAGUUAGAUGAUAAAUCUUUUGUCUACAAUAAGCACGUGAUGCUUCUAGUUUUGUACUAAGAGUUGAUCGUUUAUAAAACAAAAUGAUAUCUUCUGUUCUGUAUCUUUGAUAGUGAAUGAAACUUUAUUGACCCUAGCA